CAGUGCUAACCCGGCGGUGGCUGAUGGCGGAUGAGCAGCAGUGAGGAUACACAAUACCGCCUUUUUUUUUGUAGUUGGCCAGGUUUGAUUCACCGUGCACAUCAGUGGUGAACGUAAGCGACGGUGUUCGUCAGGCGAGGACGGCACCACCAGCGCCAUGGAACCUUCCCGGAAGAACCACCACCACCACAACCACCACAACCACCACCACCAGGGACAGAACAACACCAAUGCCAACACUAACUCUGUCUCCACCGCCACCGUUCCUGCGACCACCACCACCACCACCACCUCUCCUGCUGCUGGUACUACUCCUGUACCACCACAUUCACCUCAGCAGCAGCAGAAUAAGCAGGAUGUGGGGACUUCAGCCAAGAAAAAGAAGGACAGAGAGAACAGGAACUCCAUCUCCCAGGACCUCUCAUACGACUGGAGCCAGAAGGGGGACGGGGUGUCGGUGUCUGUGGUGGUGGGACCGAACCAGGACAACAGGACAGUGGACAUCCGAACUGACGAGACAUCACUGGGCCUUUACCUGACUGAUGGCCGAAGGUUCUCGACGCAACUGUACGCCGAGGUGGUUCCUGGAGCCACUUCUGUUGUGUACAAGGGCCAGAGGUGCAUAGUGAGGCUGCAGAAGAGGGAUACCAGCUUGCAGUGGCCCCAGCUUGAGGCCAUCAAGAAGCUGCCUCCUCCAUCAAGCCCGGCACAAGACCGCAUCCUUCCCUCCAAAAAGUCCACCUCCACAUCUCCAGGCAGAACACCGGAGAAGAAACAACCUCCAACUACCACUAACACCGCCACCAACACCACCAAUGCCAGCACCAUCACUACCACACCCGCUCCUACCCCCACCACCCCUACCCUCACCUCCACCUCCACCUCCACAGACAAUAAUGUGGAGGUGAUCCCAGUUGUCAAUGCAAAGAGUGACUUUGUGGAGAGAGAUGCGGAGAAUUUGCUUGUGGUUUACCUCUAUGUGAAGGGGAUUAAGAAGGAGACUGCCUGUGUGGAAUUUUCCGAGGAUGCCAUCUCUGCGCAUUUCUCCACCAGCGAUGCCCGGUUCCUGCAGCAGUACCCUGGCACCAGUGAGGACUCAAUGUUUAAGUGGCAACUGACCCUGAAGGACAAGGUGGUCCUGGAGGAGUGCAAGUACAAGGUGAUGCCCAACAACAUUGAGAUGAAGCUGAGGAAGCAAGCCAACAAGAAGUGGGGCUCCCUCACUGCCAUCCCUGCUGAGUCUUCACCGACCGGCACAAUAGCCAAGAACACGUGGGUGGCGGCAAGCAAGAUGGACUCCCCUACCAGCAUUCCCCCUGCCCCUCCUGUUCCCCCUGUGCUGGAGAACAAGGCACGUCAGAAGCCCAUGUGUCUGGUGUCUCCAGUAAGUAAGGGAAUGAGAGGCAUCACCAGUGGUAUCCCAGCCUCCUCAAACUCCUUCUCUUCCACCUCAUCUUCCUCAUCCUUAUCCUCCACCUCCUCCUACUCCCCGUCCUACUCCGCCAGUGGGUGUGAUGGGGCAACAGGCAGUGUUGUUCCGCGGGGCACCACAGGCCUAGACAACAUUGGCAACACUUGUUUCAUGAACAGUGUGUUGCAGUGCCUGAUAAACACACAGGAACUCAAGGAAUAUUUCUUGGAUUACAACUACCACGAGGAAAUCAACAAGGACAACCCGCUGGGCAUGGGAGGCAAGCUGGCUGUGUCCUUUGCCUGUCUCAUGAAGCUACUGUGGUCUGGCUCACUGCCCUCACACGCCCCCACCAAACUGAAGGCCACCAUGUCCCUCAAAGCCAAUCAGUUCUCAGGAUUUGCUCAGCACGAUGCCCAGGAGUUCAUGGUGGAGCUGCUCGAUGGCAUGCAUGAGGACCUGAACCGGGUGAAGAAGAAGCCAUACGUCGCUGAGCCCCCAGACCUGGACGGGUGGCCAGACCGCAAGGCUGCACAGGAGUCGUGGAAGCUGCACAAGAUGAGGAACGACAGCAUCAUCGACGACCUCUUCAAGGGACAGUUCAAAUCAACGCUCAAGUGUCACGAGUGCGGAAAGAUCUCUGUCAAGUUUGAUGAGUUUUGCUGUCUGUCUGUGCCCAUCCCCAAGGACCAGAAGGUCAUCCCAGUGGUGUUCUUCUGGAAGGACCCGUACCAGAAGCCUAAGAAGUUCUUUAUUCGUGUGCCGGCGAGUGCCAUGGCUGAGGACUUGCGGCAGGAACUGUGUGAGCGCACUGGUGUACAGGCGUGCUGCAUACAGAUCUUCGAGCGACUCAAAUCCAAGAUCCACAAGAUAUAUGAGAAGGGGUCCAUGUUGUCCUCUGGUGGCCCAAACGAUCCACUCAUGGCCUUUGAAGUGUACAACCCCAUCAAGGUGGGAGAGCCGGUGGUGGAGGUGGCGGUGGUGCAGCGCAUGAUGAUUCCCUGCCCCCCGACCCGCUGUGCCUACUGUUCCCGCAGCGCAGCACCCGGCUCCAACCUGCGGCGAUGCACCAAGUGUUACCGCGCCGGCUACUGUGACCAAAACUGCCAGAGGAACCACUGGCACAGUCACAAGGUGAACUGCAAGCUGGUGCCAGAGCAGGUGGGUUGUCCCUUCAUCCUGUCCCUGCCGGAGAGCCAUGCCACAUACUCCCGCCUGGCCAGAGUCAUGGAGGCCUAUGCUCGCUACUCAGUGGACAUCUUCCAGCCACCUGUCUACCACAGCUCCUCCACCUCUUCCCACCGCAGCAGCACCUCCAGCAUAGACCUGUCCGGGGAGGAGAAUGAUGAGAUGGAGGUGAGGAGUGGUGAUGGGGACGCGGUAGAGGACGGGGAGAGCCAGGAGAGAGAUGAGGCAAGAGACGAACCCAUGACAGGCGAUGGGUCCUCCCAGGGUGAGUCUCCUGGCCCCUGGGAUAACAAGGAAGGUGCUGUGGGUAACGACACCAGCAGGGGAUAUGAUGAGCCCCCUCAGCUGUCCUCGUCCCCCAGCGUGCGGGCGGUGCAGCCUCAGCGAACCAUGCAGCUACCCUCCGCCACGCAGCUGUUUGUCAUCCGGCCUGUCAACAGUCGGGCUCAGAGUCUGGUGCCGCCUGCUGGGGAGCCUCUGGAAGAUAAGGGUGACGAGCCUCUGGACCUGAGUGACAAGCGGUACCUGGCAAUGGACUGGAAGACUAGCGAAGCACUGCGGGGACACUGCCUCAUCCAGGACAAGGAGGUGGAGUGUGAAGUGGAGGGCUCAUACUCGAUACAGAGGAACCAGCCCACCACUCUUGAGGCGUGCAUUGAGCUCUUCACCCAGCCUGAGAACCUGUCUGAAGGGGACUCCUGGAGGUGCCCAAGAUGCAAGAAACCUGUGGAAGCAACCAAGCAGAUGAGUGUGUGGCGUCUUCCUCACAUCCUCAUCAUCCAACUUAAGCGCUUCUCCUUCAAGUAUGUGUUGUGCUCAGACAAGAUCGACAAGUUUGUGCAGUAUCCCAUCAGAGGCCUCAAUCUUCAGCCAUACAUGUCUUGUGAACCAGAGGACGGACCUGCCAUUUACGAUCUUUAUGGUGUGAUAAACCAUAUGGGACGCCUCCUUGGGGGACACUACACCUCCUACGCAAGGCUCUUCUCUAAGGCUGACACAAGGCAGUCUGAGCUUGAUUGGAGACUCUUUGACGACAGCCGAGUCAGUUUCUGCCCCGAGUCUCGCGUCGUCAAUGAACAAGCGUACCUUCUCCUCUACCGUAGGAGAGACACCCCUUUCACCUUGCACCGGCUUCCCCCUCCUCCCCCACCCAUGCCCCCCAAUGUGACCCAGGAGGAGAAUGGCAUGGAGCAUUUAGAGACAGAGGAGAUCACACCUAUGUCCAUCUCCUCUGCCUCUCAGCAGUCCUCCUCCUCCCAGCCCUCCUCCUCCAGCUUGGAAGGAGAGGAGCAACUUAGCACCACUCAGGAAGAACUAGACUAGCAUUUACCACCAAUGUCUUCUCAUCCUCUUCUCCUCAUCUUGUUCAUCACCAUUGCCUCUUCCUCCUCAUCCAUCUGUUCUGUGUUUAUUUCUGAUUCUCACAUGUCGUUACUCCCAAGUUCUCCCCCAUUUCCCGGUUCUCGUGGCCUGCUAACGUUCAUUGGCCACACCACAGGUUAGUGAAGCUUUCCUGAACUAUGUUUGAUGAUGGUUCUGUUCUCUCACUCCUCCCCAGUCAGCCUGCUGUCUUGUUGUCUCUUGCACACCUCAGUGAUGACUCUGCAAGUUGAGCCCCCUUUUCUAUUUCAUCUCCCACUUUCUGUUUAGAUUGUGUGAAAUUAUUAUACCUUUUUUCAUGUUUUUUGGGGGCCUGUAUUCAAUGUUGUUUUUUUUGCCAUUUUUGUAUCUUAUGACUCUCUCUCUCUCUCUCUCUCUCUCUCUCUCUCUCUCUCUCUCUCUCUCUCUCUCUCUCUCUCUCUCUCUCUCUCUCUCUCUCUCUCUCUCUCUCUCUCUCUGUGUGUGUGUGUGUGUAAUUUUCUGUUAUGUGCUCUCCAGUACUGUCUUUUCCUCAGCUUGCAUAGUUUCCAUUCCACAAGCUCUCUGAGGCCUCACCCAUCACAAGUUUCCAUCUUGUCCUGAAGAACUUCUCCACCUUAGCAAUCAUUUCCGUUUCUAGAUGUUCAUUUUUUAGUACUGUAAUUUGAAUGGAGUGUGUAGAUGAAUGACUGACAUUGCUGCAGUCCCCAUGGUGUCUUUGUAAAGGUUUUAUGCGUGUAUUUUUCUUUUUAGUUAAGGUAAAUCAGAGUGGAAAGAAAUGUGUGAAGUAGUUUAAUCUCAUUCGUUACUUCCUUCACCCCAAGAUCUUAUUAUAGUGUGCUAAGGAACCAAACCUCCACCUCUCACCUCCAUCUCACAUAACACCUGCUGAUCUUUAUACCUCAGUUUUCAGGUGGUACAGACCUCUCACCCACCUCGACCACUCUUAUUUAUUGUAAACAUAGUGUAUAUGUAUGUGUCACAUCCACUCGGCCUGGAAUCUCUCGCCGCCAACACCCGCCGUGGUCCCUCAGCACUCGGCACCCCUUAGUACAGUUCCUCACGAGCCCUUGACUGCUCAGGGCGUCAACACAGGCUGCCUUGGGGUGUGUGGCCUCUUGCAGGAGUCAGUCACACCCCUAUGUCCCCUCCUGCCCUCCUCCAGCACCGCUGCCUUCGGGCUGUAAUCAACUUUGCUGCUUGUGACGAUAAUAAUAUUGAUGCUGCUGCUGCCAUCGCCCAGGAUUUUACCUCAUUUUAUACUAGUUUCAUAAGACUUAUGUCGUGCAUGUGGUGCAGUAGUGGCCGUCACAGCCUGGAGGCAGAGUAUGGCUGGCAGGCAAGCGGGAGGGGAAGGGCGUACCUCAGGCCUCACGGAUUUCACAUUCGUGGGGGAAACAGAAAGAUAAAUAGAUAGACAGACAGACAUAAGGAUGUCAAGACACUUCUUGAUAUUCACAGCACAGUCUGGAAGUUGUGUGACACCUGUGCUCAUUCACAGAUGACUGAAGCAAGUGAGGAUGGCACUAAUGCUAUCUUCUGAAUGUGGCCGUCAUUUUUACCUAGUUGACAAGGGUUGCUGUGCGCCACAAGUGCAUUCAGUUCAGGGUUUCAACAAGUUCUUUAAUUGGUUAAAAUUUGCAUUUUUUGCCAUGUCAUCUGAAAAGUGACACGAGGAAGAGAUAACAUUCAGAAUGAUGAAUCAAUUCUUAGUUUUUGUGGGUACAGAAAGCAGUCACAAGGAGAGGAACAUUUGCCAUGGUCUUAUUUUUCCCAAAUGCAACACACCCGAAGAUGUACAAAGGUGUAUAGUUACUGGACACCGCGCAUUUAGAGGUUCUAGACAAUGUUUACUGACCAAUGUCUGCUCCAGGGAAGCAUCCUUAAAAAAGCAGGAAGCAAGGAAAGAGAACCAGAUAUUCAUUUAUAAUUUUAAAUGACUCCUUUAUUCACAUGUUGAUUUGACUGGGCUCACAUUUAUGUUCUUUAUAUGUAUUUAGGAAAGUGAAUCUUAAUAACGAUGUUGGCACCACCAAUGCUUGCAUGUCUCCACAUUGGUAUUCUUUAUGUUGGGAGGUUGUCUUUUGCUGUGUGCCGAGAGUGACAUCCAUCAUGCAGUGUAGUGUUGUGCCUAGAGGAGCCAUACCUGGUACUAUGGUCACUCACUUCACCACUGUCAUAGAUAACAUAGAUAAUAUAAUCUUUUUAAAGCAAAAUUCAACUCUGGGUGUUUCUGGUUUCACUGAGGGAUUCAUCCACAAUGAAGAAUAAUGUAGGACAGUAUUGUCUUAUCACAGUCAGCACCUCUUCCUGUCUUUCCAGAUAAUGGAAUAGAGUAAAGAUCAGUAAAACCUCACACUGCUUCUCAAGUGACUCAUAAUUAUGAGGUUUUAUUGCCACAUUGUGCUCUUUCACAGAUGCUUCAUAAUAACGUGUACUUUGUACACCUCACUAAAGGACCAUUGUAGCCACUCAUGCUGACCAUGCUCAGUGCUCACCCUCACCCAAGGAACACAGUGCUGAUGGCAAAGCUUUAUCUGUGGUGUGCUGCAGGGAGGCAGUUACAAGUGCACAGAGUUGUGGAGACUUGCAAGCCUACAUACAAUACUGCCUUGAACAAAAUUCUAGCUCAGUAAAUGUUAUUUGGAAAAAACAUGCCUUGCAGUGUCUUGUCUAAAUAUUAUGGUUAUCCAUAGAUAAGGUGGUUUGGCUUUAUAUAUGUACGUAUAUAUACAUAAACAGUAUACAUAUAUUUUCUCCCCUUAGAUACUUGGAUACUUUAUUUGAAGCACCAGAUGUAUGAACAUUUUUGCAGGUACAGUUGAGUCGUAGAAAGCUUUGUUUCCUCCUCUGCAUGCAGAAGUUCAGCAUAAGCAUGUUUAGGCGAACUGCAGUUUACAAGUGAUAGUUUUUUUUCUCUCUUUUUUUUUAUGUAAUUUGUAUAAUAAAAUAGUUUUCCAAUACACUUUUGUUAGACAAGAUGCACUUGUUAAAAAUUAAGUUAAGUACUUUUUAUGUAAUAUAAUGCAUUUGUGAGAUUUGGUGUCAGAAACAUGAUAAUGUAGUAUGUGUUAUGCAUAAAAUUAUCAGAGAAUUAUAAGAUACGUACUGUUAGUAAAGUCACAUAAUUUGAAGUGAUUGUGACACUAGCCAUUAUGUUUCAUGUUUAUAAAUGGUGGGAAAAGACAAAAUGUUUUUAUUCACAAGUUUGUACAUUGUUAAUUUGAACAUGUGUAAAUUACAGUUCGUCAGCAUGUACAUUUUAGAAGUGAGUCUUUGGCAUAUAAACUCUCCUUGUAAAUUUUGGUACAAAGUUCUCUUCUGUGUCGUUUACUUUGGGUCGUAACAUGACACGCAGCAAUCUCUACACCUGUGUCGUAAUGCCGGUUGGCUGUAGCAUUCCUAGUGAGGUGUGUGUGUGUGUGUGUACGUGCAGUGCGUGUGUGAACCUUGUUAGUGGAGGUGGUGGAGGGAACCUUCUUUACAUGGACCAGUUGAGGGUGAAAGCUUACAAAGGGAUGAGAAUGGAAAUCCUACAAGAAAAAUUUGAAGAGAACAAUGUGUGAUAAAAAAAAAAAAUGUAAAGUUAAAACAAAAUUUAUUAUCUUGGACAGUUUUGAAUUAAGGUUCAAAGCUCCUGUCAUUCAUUAUCAUGCACUAAUUGACACACCUUCAUUGCACAAAAAUGGAGCUUGUCAGUCACAGAGAUCUCCUUUGGGUUGACAUCUUUUGGGACAUCAGUUGGCUUUUAUGUCUGUCCCUGCUUUCUCACCCCGCUGAUUUGUGUCAGUGAGGUUCCCUGCAAUGAGUCUGUCAUGGGCAGCAUUCCUGUUCCCUCAGUGUUGCAAGGGACAUUAAGAAUUCUAUGAUUGUGUUUACACCUUUGCAUAAUGAUAUUAGAGGAAGAGAUGGAAGAAUGAUGAGACAACGGCAAGACAUUUAUUACAAUUAGUUUGGUUUUGCAUAAUCACGUGUGUGCCGGAGGAAGAAGAAUAGCAAGAUAAUAAUGAUAAUACCCAGGCAUUCUGUGUAAUCAUCUCAAGUGUCGGAGGAAGAAGAGGAAGAGAAAUGACAAGAUAAUAAUAAUAAUAAUAUUCUCAGUCCUUUAAUUUUCCGCAUCAGUGUGUUGUCGCUGCUGCUGCUGCUGCUGCCGCUGUUGCUGCUGCUGCUGCUGCUGCUGCCGCUGCUUGGUCGUGUCAAUUAUACCUGGCCAGCCAUACGUGAGGUCUGCCGCCAACCCAAAGACCCACAUUUCUGCCUCGCUGGUUCGUUCGUCUCUACACCAAAGAACAUGUCAAGCUCUGAUUACUGCCAAUGCACUGAGCAAAAAGUACAAAAGAUAGUUUUGGGGUAGAAACUGCCUUUUUUGUAUAUUGUCCCGGCUACCACCAGACCUCACAGUGCUUGGCCCCCUGUUGUACAUUACUGCAUCUUUUGGUUUUAUUUUUAUCUACUUAUUAUUAAAGCUGUAGUAAUUUAUGAUUAAACUUAGCAACCUGA